GAAACACAAGGGAUUUGCCCAUUUGCACCAGGGGUAACCGGAAACACAAACGCUGGAAGGUGGGUUGAUGGCUGGUCGAUAUUAAAGGAUGUAAAGACAUUAAGACAAGAUAUUUGGAGGAAGAUCCCAACUAGUUGGCGGUGGCGCGUUAUAGUCACGGACUAAAAACGUGAGAAUGGGUUGUGGCCGUAACUUCAGGAGCAUUGUACAUAGCCUAUGCACACGUAGCAGCAACACAGGGGAUCACAGGCAUAGUGGUGGUUCUGGAUCAAUGUCAGCUACCGAAUUGCGAUUGUAUAUUCAAGAUCACCAUGUAGUGAUGGAUAACGGCAUAGUCCAGGUCACUCUAUCAAAGCCAGAGGGGAUUGUCACUGGCAUUCGUUAUAAUGGCAUCGACAACCUGCUUGAAACUCUUAACAAUGAGUCUAACAGAGGGUACUGGGAUGUUGUGUGGAAUGCAAAUGAUGGUGGGAGAGCUGGAAUAUUUGAAGUGAUUAAAGCAACAAAUUUUAGAGUAAUAAAGCAAGAUGAGGAACAAGUUGAGCUAUCAUUUGCGAGGCCAUGGGAUCCUUCUCUUCAGGGAAAGCUUGUUCCACUAAACAUAGAUAAAAGGUUUGUUUUGCUCCGCGGUUCAUCUGGUUUCUAUACAUAUGCCAUUUAUGAGCAUGUUGGUUCUCCAGAAUGGCCUGCUUUCAGUCUUGGUGAAACCAGGGUAGCAUUCAAGCUCAGGAAAGACAAAUUUCAAUACAUGGCUGUGGCAGACGAUAGGCAAAGGCUUAUGCCCCUACCAGAUGACCGGUUGCAUGGCAGAUGCCAGCCCCUUGCCUACCAAGAGGCAGUUCUACUUGUCAACCCCGUCAAUCCUGAAUUAAGAGGAGAAGUAGAUGACAAGUACCAAUAUUCAUGUGAUAACAAGGAUAAUAAGGUACAUGGAUGGAUAUCUAUGAACCCACCUGUUGGCUUCUGGCAAAUCACACCCAGUGAUGAGUUUCGAUCUGGUGGGCCUGUCAAACAGAACCUUACAUCACAUGUUGGUCCCACAACCCUUGCGGUAUUCCUUGGUUCUCAUUAUGCUGGAGAGGAGUUAACUCCAAAAUUUGGACAAGGCGAGCCAUGGAAGAAAGUUUUUGGCCCAAUUUUCAUUUAUUUCAACUCUGUAAGGCGCGUUGAAGAUGCCCUAAUGUUAUGGGGAGACGCCAAACGGCAGAUGCUGGUAGAGGUACAAAGCUGGCCAUACAGUUUUCCAGCAUCAAAGGAUUUCCUAUCAGCAGAUCAGCGGGGAAAUGUCAGUGGUAGACUUCUGGUCAGUGACAAGUAUGCCUGUAAUGAUCUUAUGCCUGCAAGUGGUGCAUACGUGGGCUUGGCCCCACAAGGAGAUGUUGGAUCCUGGCAAAAAGAAUGCAAGGGUUACCAAUUCUGGAGUAGAGCAAGUGAGGAUGGGUGUUUCUCCAUCAAUAAUGUACUUCCCAGUGACUACCAUCUUUAUGCUUGGGUGCCUGGAUUCAUCGGAGACUAUCAGAAUGAAGCUUCCAUAACCAUAGCUUCAGGCUGUAGAAUUGAUGUCGGUGAAAUCGUUUACAAGCCUCCGAGGGAUGGCCCUACACUUUGGGAGAUAGGCAUCCCUGACCGCAGUGCUGCAGAGUUCUAUAUACCCGAUCCAAACCCAAAGUUUCUUAACAAGAUCUUUGUCAACCACCCCGAGAGGUUUAGGCAAUAUGGACUUUGGGAAAGAUACUCAGAGUUAUAUCCAAAUGGAGAUCUCGUGUACACAGUUGGCGAGAGUGACUAUUCAAAAGACUGGUUUUUUGCUCAAGUUACUAGGUACAGCUGUAUGGUUGAUCUUUACACUUCCAGGUUUUGUUAGGCUAUGUUUGGAGCAUGGAAUAUAGUAGGGGAAGUUAUUUACAAAAAGUCAAGGAAUUUUUUUUCUUUUUCGUGUUUGGUUUUACUUCGGAAAAUAUUAAGAAAUCCAAAUUGGAUCAAAAAUAGGAAAAAAGGUCAAAUAAACCCUUAUACUAUAUUACUAUUAUAAAAUGAUCAUCCAUGCCCAUGUACUAAAAAAACCAUCAUAUGAAAUUAUGAAUACAUUUACUAAAAUUACUAGUAAAAAACAAUCAAAUAAAUCAAGUGACCGGAAAACAACCUCCUAUAGGAGGUUAUCCUCAUUUUAGCUUUUUUCUCUCUUUUUCCCUCCCUUGCUGUGCAAUACUCCGAUUGCUUUAUUUGUUGGUUUUUCUUUUCCUUGUUUUUGUUCUUUUACACUUUGGCCUAUCUUAUCCAGCCUGCACGCAUUUGUUAGUUUCAUUUUAUCUUUUUCUCCAUCCUAUCAUUUCAUGUUUCCACGAUUUGUACUUUUAGUUUAUUCUUCUUUUUCCCUUGUUUUCUUUCUUUUUAUUUGUUGUCUUCUCCUAAGAAAUAUUUUAUAACAUUUCUUUUUGAUGAUUUCAUUAAAUUAUCUUGACUCAUAAAUAUGCUCAUUCUUGGAAAAAAUAAAGAAGCCAAUUAUUAAUAAAGAAUCUUUUAAUUUGAUUGAAGUUACAUUUUUAGUCCCCCAAUUAUUGUUUAUAUUGAAAUGAAGUCUUACUCUUAAAAUUGAAUUAACACAUUUUGGUAUUUAUAAUUUUGACACAGUUAAAGUUGUAACUUUAAAGACCGUAAAAAUAUAUACUUUUGUACACAUUUCUAAAAUUCUCCGCACCUACAAUUUUGUCUCUAAGGUUAGGCCAUUUAACAAAAAUGUCGGUCAUAAAAUUCAAUUUUUAUAGAAAGUAUGCUUUUUGUUAAAUAAUUGUAUGCUUUUUGUUCACAUUUUUAAAAAUUCGCAUCCAUAAUUUAUGUCGGUAAAAUUUUGAAUUUUAUGACUGACAUUUUUGUUAUAUGGCCUGACCUUAAUUAGAGACAAAUUGUAGGUGCAAAUUUUUUUAGAAAUGUGUACAAAAAGUAUAAUAUUUUUGGAGUGUUUAAAAUUAUAACCCUAAAUGUGUCAAUAUUACAAAUACCUAAAGAGGUUUUUUUCUAAAAUAUUAUUGAUAAAAAAGUAAUGGACAAAAAUGUGACUCUCAUGCGUAACUUUUAGUGAUUAUAGUUGUUUUCAAGGUUUACAUCGUAGUAAGAAUGUUUUCUUUUGGACUGUUUUCAAAUCAAACCAGACUUAAACAGACCAGAUCAGAUCAGAUCUGACUUAAACAGACCAGAUCAGAUUUCAAUAGUUAUAAAAUAUACAGAGACCAUACAUUUACUAGACCAGUUCAGACCAUACCAGACUUAAACAAAACAGAUCAGACAAAACCAACAAAAUGUAGUCCACAACAAACCAUCUUAACUACAUCAUAGAAACUUUAAAUACAAUUAUAGUAUUAAUUACUGUAAAUUUUCAUACUUAAAUGUGUUCAUUGAAUUUUAAGGGUAGGACUUCACUUCAAUAUAAACAAUAACUAGGGGACUAAGAGCGUAAUUUCUCUCAAAUUAAAAGAUUCUUUGUUAACAUUUGGCUUCCAUAAUUUUUCCAAGAAUGAGCAUAUUUAUGAGUCAAGAUAAUUUAUUAAAAUCAUCGAAAAGAAAUGUCAGAAAAUAUUUUUUGGGAGAAAGACAACAAAUGAAAAUAGGGCAAGGUUGUACAGAAGAUAGGGCAAGGGGGCAAGGUUGUAAAGAAGAAGAAAAAAGGGAUCAUCAUCAUCAUCAUCAUCAUUUUCAUUUACCCAGUGCUGCAAAGACUCCCACCUACGGUGGGGUAAAGGGGGGUCGGAUGUACGCAGUCUUACCCCUGUACUAAAGCACAGAGAAACUGUUUCCGGAUGACCCAUAGUGAAAAUCCCGUCCAAAAUUGCAUGGACUGACUGUUGCUUCAUAACAAAGAAGCGCAAACUGUUUAGUGAGCCAUUUUGCUUUAUUCCAUCAUAACCUCAAUCCAAAAAAUAAUGAAUCUUUGGCUCCAUUUCAAAUGAUGGAAAUAAGAAGAAAAAAGGGAAAAGAAAAGAAAAAAAUAAAAUGACCCUGAGUAUUGCGUAGCAAGAGCCAAGAGAAGAAAAAUCAGAAAAAGCAAGCUAAAAUGAGAAUAACCUCCUACAGGAGGUGGCUUUCCGGUCACUUGACUUAUUUAAUUGUUUUUUACUAGUAAAUGUAUUGAUAUGAUGGUUAUUUAGUACAUGGGUUUAGAUGAUAUUUUCGUAAUAGUAUAAGGGUUUAUUUGACCCUUUUUCCUCAAAAAUAUUAUAAAACUUUAAAUGUAUUUAUAUUUCUUAAUCUUUAUAUAAUAGAAACAUAUACUACCUCCGUCCCGUUGAAAGGUUCCCAUGGCAAAAUGACAUGGUUAUUUAGACAAUAAUUAAAAAAAGGUAAUUCGAGUAUAUUUUUUGAAAUAAUUUUACUAGGUAUGUAAAUAAUGGUGUCAGUGUUGAUAACCCUGAUGUUAUAAACGUAAUAUUUUUAUAUUUAAUGAUUAAAUUGUCAUUUAAGAUUGUUAAUUGUUUCAUAAAAUAUAAAUUAGAACUUUUGUAUGGGAUAUCCAAAAAAGGAAAGUGGGAACCUUUUUAUGGGAUGGAGGGACUAAUUAGAAUGAGUUUUUUAGACCAAUUUUUAAAUUUUCUACAUACUACAUUUUACAAAUUCUCCUUGAUCCCUCUCCCCAUUUUCUUCCCCCAACAUUUACUGGUUCCAAGAUACCUAGGGCAUGCCUGGAUCAUGGAAAUGAUAGGGAAAAGAGAAGUACUAUCCCCCGUUCUAUAAAAGUUGCAACAAUUUGACUUUCACGUUUGCCAACACGCAACUUUUAGUGUAAUUAUAGUUAUUUACGUAUUAGUAAACAUUAAAAAAAGUUAAUAUAUUGAAAAUUUAUAUUAAUACAAAUUUAUUAAUAUUUUAUACAUAAUAUUUUUAUUAUAUACUCCCUCCGUCCCUUAAAGGUUUGCCAAGUUUGACCGGCACGUAGAAUAAUAAAGUAAAAACUGUGUGAUAGAUAUUUGUGCAGAGGAGAGAGAAAUAACAAGAGCCACAAAUUGAUUAACUAAAAUGGAAAGUGGCAAAGUUUUUGGGACAACCAAAAAAGGAAAGUUGGCAAAGUUAUAAGGGACGGAGGGAGUAUAUUAUUAGAAAAUCGUAGUCAAAGUAAGGUGUGUGAAUAGUGCAAAAAUUCCAAUGUUGCAACUUUUAUGGAACAAAGGAAGUAUUAGAAAUGUUUUUAUUUUUAGGAUUUUUAGCUUAUUAUAGCCCUAACUAUCACCAACUUCACAAAUCUAUCAUAAUCGUUUUCUUUUACUUCCUCUUAAAAAGGACUCCAACUUCACGUUUUUAACAAUUAUACUUUUCCGUCAUGAUUUUUGAAAAUUUAAAAAUUAAAUCAAAUCAUGAAAAUUUAAUCUUAUACGGAGUUUAUAAAUCUAUAAUUGAAACUUUUGCUGCCGAAAAAAAAUAAUAUGGAGUGAUACUCUAAUAAUCCAUGAAUUGACCAGCCAGUACUUUAAUGUUUCUUUUUUAUAAAAGUUGCUUAGUAAUAGGAAGUAUAAACACUAUUGUUUAUUUUCUAGCGAAAUUCAUUUGUUCCCAAUAAAACAUUGAGCUCUUUCUAUACAAUUGUAUAUGACACUUCUAUCUUUCUAGUUAUAUUUCAUACCUUCCGUCCCGAAAAGGUUGACCAAAGUUGACUUUCACGUGGAUUAAUAAAGUAAAAACUAUGUAGUUGAAAUUUGUGCAGAGGAGAGAGAAUUAAUUUUAGCCACAUAUUUCUUACUUUAAAUGGAAAUGGCAAAUCUUUUUGGGACAUUCAAAAAAGGAAAUUUGGCCAACCUUUUCGGGACAGAGGGAAUAUGUUUUUUUUGAAGAAGUUACAUUUCAUAUGUUUUGCACUAUAAUUUAAUUAGUUACAAGUAAUACUAGUUUCUCCUAGAGGUGAGGAAGAAUACCGAAGUAACGGUAUAUCGCAUGUGCCGUACAGAAACAUACCGAAUAUGUCGCAAUUUUUGGUAUACCGAAUUUUUCGGUACAGUAUGAUACCGUACCAUAUUACUUCGGUGCGGUAACGGUAUAGAAUCUUAAUAAAAUCGGUACUUCGGUAUAUACAGUUAAAUUUCGGUAUUGUCAGUAUACCAGUGUUAUACGGAAAGUCCAACCGAACCGAACAUGUAAUAGUUUUAUCUAUUAUGAAUUUGAAUAAGCCCAAUGGAAUAACAACAGCCCAAAACUUCAAACAAUACUAUUCUUUUCUAACGCCCAAAGUCUGCCUAGUCUUCAUGAAUCAAGACUUCAAGAGUUAGGUCAGGAGUGAGGAACGUCAUAGUCUUUCUCUUCUUUCACGAGUCACGACGCACUCAUGAGGAGUUAACGAUGCAUCAGCAACCGACGGUUCUAGUGAAGCAGGAGACAAUCACGGUCCGCAGAGACAACGAAGCAGGGAGCCCACUGCAAGCAAAGACACAAAGCAGGGAGCCGAUCGCAAAUAGAAAUUGUCUGCAAAAUCUUUGACUUCAAAAGCAUCUCUCAAUCAAGCGGCGGAACCAACUUAGGAUCUUGGAGGGGCACAUAAAAGAGAAAGUGAAGGUCUCCUAUAAGACGGGUAACUUGCUGCGGCUCUAAAACUAUGGUCUCCAGCAAAGCGGGUAAUUUGUUGCGUCUCUAGAACUCCAGUCUCCGGGAAGGCCGGCGGCGGCAAGAGGAAGUGUUUUAUGUGGGCUUCCUGCUUCGUUGUAUCUACGGACUGUGAUUAUAUCCUGCUUCACUGGAAACGCUGGUUGAUGCUGCUUCAGUGGAACCGCCGGUUGCUGCCGCAUUGUUAACUCCUCAUGAGUUCGUCGUGACUUGUGAUAGAAGAGAAAGACCUUGGCGUUCCUCAACUCCUGACCUAACUCUUGAAGUCUUGAUUCAUGAAGACUAGACAAACAUUGGGAUUUAGAAAAAAGUAGUAUUGUUUGGACUUUUGGGUUAUGGUUAUUCCAUUGGUUUUAUUGAAAUUCAUAAUAGAUAAAGCUAUUAUAUGUUCAGUUCAGUUGGGCUUUCGUUAUAACAUUGGUAUACCGAAAUUUAACGGUACUUCGGCAUAUACCGUGAUACCAAUUUUUUUUUAAAGAUUUCAUACCAUUCAUCAUCAUCAUUAUCCCGGUGCCGUAAAGGCUCCCAUGAUCCCACCUACGAUAGGGUAAGAGAGGGUUGGAUGUACGCGGUCUUACCCCUGUACUAAAGCACAAAGAGAUUGUUUUCGGAUGACCAAUAGUGAAAAUCACGUCCAAAAUUGCAUGGAUUGAUUGCCGCUACAUAACAAAUAAGCGCAAACAGUUUAGUGAGCCAAUUUGCUUUAUUCCAUCAUAUUCUCAAGUCAAAAAAUAGUGAAUCUUUGGCUCUAUUGCAAAUUAUAGAAAUAAAGAUUCUAUACCGUUACCGUACCAAAUUAAUACGGUACGGUAACAUACUGUACUGAUAUUUCGGUAUUUUCUCACUUCUAAGCAUGCAUGAGUAAAUAAAGCUUGAGUUUUUUUAAAAAAAUAUUAUUGAAAUAAAACUUAUUAACACAAUAUGAUUAAUAAUUACUAUAUUACAAUGCCAUGAUCACUUAAAUUAAAAAAUUGAAUAUAAGCCACCAUGACUAAGUUACUAUUAUAGUCACUUCACAUAAGAAGUCACAUUUUGAUAAAUAACAUUUAUUUUAGUCGUAAAAAUGUAAUAAUUUCAUAAAGUUUUCAAAUAUCUAAAAUAAAUCUGUUGAAUUUAGUUCUAUCUUAAUUUUCCCUACAUUUUCUUUCCAAUUACGUACUAUAAAAUUCCCUCGUCUUCCCAAAUGAAUACCAAAUGAUUUAUUACAUUUUCUUUUAUGCUUCUUGUUUGGCUAUUUCCAAUUGACAAGCAGCACUGAUGAAUACAGGAAAAAGGAGGAUGGUACAUAUGUAGGAACGACAUGGCAAAUCAAGUUCAGACUUGCUAAUGUCCAUCAAAAUGGAACCUACAAGCUGCGAGUGGCAAUUGCAUCUUCAACCCUUGCCGAGUUACAGGUUCGGGUUAAUAACCCAAGUACAAAUCGACCGCUGUUUACGAGCAGAUUGUUUGGGAGGGAUAACUCCAUAGCGAGGCUUGGAAUCCAUGGUCUGUACUGGCUAUUCAAUGUGGAUAUACAAGGAAAUCUGCUGUCUGAAGGAGAGAAUACCAUUUACUUGACUCAGCCUAGAAAUCAAAGUCCCUUCCAAGGAAUUAUGUAUGACUAUAUUCGCUUAGAGGCUCCCAAGGUUUAGUUAAAAUAUAUUGCAGGAUUAUGUAAGUAGCCAUAAACACCACACACACGUAUUGGCUCAUAUAGAAAAGUUUCACACGGACUUGGAGUAUGAAAUAUGGGAACGCAUUAAAGCUAUUAAUGAAGUGAUCUGUUAAAUUAC